UCCCAGCCACAGAUUCGUACCUGCUCGUUCACUAUCUGUCAGUGGUGAUCAGCACAGGAAUAACCUCCUGGCUGGACAUAUAUUGGUUAUAUUUCGGUGGUCGCUAUCUCUUCAACGUCUUCUAUUAUGGCGACUAGCAGUCCUUGUAUCGUGAUCAGCGAUGACGAACAGGGGUAUGACUUGGACCUCUUCUGCAUACCAAAGCAUUACGCCACUGAUCUGGAGAGGGUGUACAUCCCACAUGGACUUAUUCUGGAUAGGACCGAGCGGCUGGCCAGGGAGAUCAUGAAGGACAUGGGGGGGCACCACAUAGUGGCCCUCUGUGUGCUCAAGGGGGGCUACAAGUUCUUCGCCGACCUGCUGGACUACAUCAAGGCCCUGAACCGCAACAGCGACCGGUCCAUUCCCAUGACUGUGGACUUCAUCCGGCUUAAAAGUUAUUGUAAUGACCAAUCCACAGGGGAGAUUAAAGUGAUCGGUGGGGAUGAUUUGUCCACACUCACAGGGAAGAAUGUCCUGAUUGUAGAGGACAUUAUUGACACUGGGAAGACAAUGAAGACGUUGCUGGAACUACUCAAGCAGUACAAUCCAAAAAUGGUCAAAGUGGCAAGUCUAUUGGUGAAGCGGACACCAAGGAGUGUUGGCUACAGACCAGACUUUGUAGGAUUUGAGGUUCCUGACAAAUUUGUGGUGGGUUAUGCGCUAGACUACAAUGAAUAUUUCAGAGAUCUCAAUCACAUCUGCGUCAUCAGUGAAUCAGGAAAAGAGAAGUACAAGGCAUGAAGAGGCCAGCACUUCCUCCUGUUGUACAGCCGUAUAUUGUUUAUUUUUACUGAUGCUCCUUCAUUUAUUUUUUUUGUGUGUGUCUUUGGUUGAGCACACUGUGGUGCUGUAGUUCACCACCAGUAUGCAGCUUUUCCACUCAGGGGUCAGCGGUGAGGUGCAACAAGAGAGAUAGUUUGUAUGCGUGUGUGAGUGUGUACGCAAAGCUAACACAGUACCUCACAUCGGCUUUGACCUUUUAGCCCAUCCAGUCUGUGGCAGCCAUGCACACAGUUUAAACCCACAAAACCUUCACCUCUCAUUGGCUCUCACAGCCUAUUGCUUUUAAAUGUACACUCAUGUGUGUGUGUUCACAGGGGUAUGGGUCACCUUAUAAUUUAUUUAAUUGUGAUGCGUCAUUCAAUACAUAGAGAUCUCUUUUUAAUCGAAAGUAGAUAUGUGCAGUUCACCAGAGUUGACAGACAUUUAAAAUUGUUACAUGAACAACUGUAUAUGUAUAAUGAAUUAAGUAUACUGAAUCCAAUAUACUGAAUUUGUACACUAAUUCUCACAUUUUGAAGAUGGUACAAAUUAUGUGUCAUUACACAAAACUCACUGAAACUCAAUGAUAUAUUUCAUGGUAACAGUGACUUUGUGUUAGAUAAUGUUUAAAAAGAAUUAUGCUGUUAGCUGUUGGGACAACCUUUCAAAUAUGUAAGACAUUUUUUUUUAUGGGAGUGUGUUAGUUAAACACCUGCACUGUAUUCAUAGUCAGUGGUGUUGCAUUUUCAGUUGCUUGCUUACUCUGCUGAGGAUCGCUUCAUGUUGAGCGAUUAGGAGCCAAAACAUUAUUAAUUAAUCUGUCAACUGUCUGAAAAUAUUUACCUGUACAUUUUGACUUGUCUUCCUGGAGUAAUAUUUCUGCCCCAAUUACUGAAAAAGAUUUAGUAUUAGCUUUUGUUUUGCUCAGACACCCCAAAGCUAUAUAACAAAAUGUUUCUCAGAUGCAUAUGUAAUGCUUUUUUCGUUAGAUUAAUGUUUGAUGACCAUAGACACCCGAUGUUAGCAUGCAGGGCCAUGUGGAGCACAAAACAGAACAUGAUGCCCCUAUGGAAAAACUGUUUCGUUUUAUGGUGGCCUUGACUGAGAUGAGGAAGUGUGAUAUACAGCGGAUGACGCCACAGACUAAACUGCCAUGGUGGUGAUUUGCUUAGGUAAAGAGUGAGCAUUUCAUUAGCCAAAUAUAUGGAAUCAGCAAUGUUGGUCUGCCAACCUGAAACUUGAAUACCUUUCACAGCCUGUCAAAGGAUAACAAAUUAGGAAUAACCCCUGUAAAACAUUCUGAUUUUAGCAUUUAGAGUUAAUAUUGAAAGCAAACUCAAGCUUGUCUAUCAUAUCUGAGGCCUACGCGGAGCAGUCUUAGUCUUGUGCUAUUGGCAAGUGGUUCCGUUGGAGACAACUGAUGCAUGGGUUUAAAAAAAAAAAAAAAGCUAAUUUCUGUCAAAUCAUGUAAAUUGCAACCACUGAGAGAAGGUGUGGCAUUUGUAAUCUAGUGAAUUCAUUUAAAGUUGAAAGACAUUUGUAAAUGCGGUGCGUAUAAGGCUGGAGGGAGUUGGGCACACUUCUCCUAAAAACGAAUUCCAUUCUGGUGCUACACCAAAAGUAAGUCUCAAAAAGUCAAAGUUGGGAUCCAUUAAAAUCUUUGUGGUGAAUUUGAGUUAUGUCCUGUGUCUACAUUGAAUGAGUGCUUCCAACUUUGACUUUUUAAAAUGCAACAUAUACUCUACAACCAGUAUCAAAAUUUGGACAGCUUCUCAAAUGGUUGGACCACAUUCCCAAAAUAAGCCUGAAGCGGAGCUGUGCCUGUUUCCAAAGAUCAUAAUUUCAGUUUGAUGUAAAGAAAUAGAUUUUUUAAAAGUGUAAUAAUGUUCCAGGUAAUAGGACUAUCAGCAGAUGCAGCCAUGAGUAAUAUGUUUAACUCUACAGUUUGAUAUUUAAAUGCCAAAAACUCAGCACAUCUUGAUGCCUCUAUUACAAUUUUGUGCUGGACAUACAAAUGAUACUUGUUUUAAAAAGGUGUGUUUGCAUACACAUCUACAUGCCUCUGUGGGUAUUGUUGGUGAAUAUGUAUUCAGCAAUGAUGUUAGUUAUAAAUACUUAGAAAGAAUGGUUUGUGGUGCCCUAUCAAGUUUGGUUUCAUCCUUAUAGGGUCAUAACUCGUCAAACCAGUUAUGUAUAGACAUUUUUACCUUACACCCAUCUUUUUUUAUUUGGGUUAUUUACCACGAAGUUAACCAGGCAUUGGGUGUUGAAUUUAUUGUUUCAGUUGUGGUUUGGCAAAAUGAUGACCUCUGUGUAAGAGUUCACACCACAAUUUUAAAUAAAAGUAGGGACACAGGUUCGUAGGGUGAAUGUAUGAUAUGAAAAAGUCAAACAGAGCUGAAUGUUCAUGUAUCAGGACUGAGCUAUAUCAUGUUUGCUUAAAACUACUCUUAAUCAAUCUUUGCAUUGAAUCAGUUUAUGAGAACAACCCUUUAAUGUUAGGACUGGCAUCUGUCUCAUCUAUGUUAUCCACCAUAUACUCAAGAGUUUUGUUCUGUCCAAGUCUUAGGGUCCAAAAAAAAACUCAUCUUUAUCUUCCUUUACAUCCUCUGAAAUCUUUCAAUGAAUUAGUCAAUUUGGUCAGACUGAGAAAACAUAGUUCCAAACAUAUCUGCAUUGAUAGCCUGACAGCCUCACAUGCUCUACAACAUGCUCAAUAAGUUCUUCACUGGCAUCUUUCUUGAACUUGAAAAAUUGUGACACCCUAAUUACAAAAUCAUGGUGUCAACAUUAGACCACCACUGUACCAAUAAACAAUACGGGACAUCUUAAGUUGGGCUUCUCUUUGUCCAUUGUAUGUGUUAAUUGUUCUUAUAAAUUCCACAGACUAGGAUUUGCACCAUUCAGCAUUUACCACAAUAUACAGCAGAGUUUCAUUUCAAUAUAUUUUGUUUAUUUGUCAAUAAAGUAUACAUCCUACUACAA